AUGGACGAAGAUGAAUAGAUAGACUAAACGAUGGUCACUUUUGGGUCGAUAAUCGCCAUCUCUGAUUUUGUUGAUCAAACAGCAUUCUUAUUUUCAGAUGGGUUUUUGAAACCAGAAGUAUUUUUAAAAAACUUUGUUCAUAAAGAAUAAAAAAAGUAUUUAAGAAUUAUAUAGAAGAAAAACAUUUGAUGGCCUAGAUAAUGAUUCCUUUUACAAAUGUCUAUUUUAGGUUUUGCCCAGAGUUUCCGACACGGUGAAGACAAGAGUCUUGUAGGAUUAUAAUGUAACUGAUAUUAAGAAAGGAGACAAAGAUGGGAAGGAUGUAUUAUUAACAAUUUUAUGAUUAGGAUAAGAUCAAAAUGACAACAUAGAGAAUGAAUGAAGAACUUAGUCAAUUAAUGAAUGAGUAUAAGCAAAAUAUUGAUGCGAUUGAAAAAUCAAGGUGCUAAAAAUUAACAUACCAUUAACCUUUCUAAUUGUUACAUAUAGCAAGCGGUAGAUUUUUAGCAUGUCAUGAUAAUGAAGCAUAAAUUGAGAAUUAAAAUUACUUGGUUAAAUUGGAUGAUUUUUCAAGUGAUUACACUGUGUUUAAAAUAGUGCCUGCAUACAUGUAUUAGAGUCACGGAGAAUAGGAUGUGAAUGCUGGCGAAAUGUGUGCUAUAACCAGAGCAAUGCCUAUCUCUAAUCGAUUUGCAUAUAUCAAUUGUUCAUAAUUGGAAAUCUCUGAAAUCAAAGGAUAUGCUUCUUCAAGGUCUGAACACAUCUAGAAGAAAGAAAUAAAUGCUAGUGUUGAACAGUCUCAUUCUUGGAAAAUAGUACUGUUUCAAUAAUACAUCUCUGAAAGCUCAAGAAAUUUAAGAGUGGGAGAUUGCAUAUGGUUGUAUCAUAGUGAAGCAGAAGCUACUCUCUCUGUGAAGAAAUAUCAAGAAGCAGUCGACAAGGCUAAUUUCACAUUUUAUCACCUUUCUGAAUGGUUAUCCAUAAAAAAUUUAUAUGUGGCGAUUACUAAGUCUCAAACUGAAAGUGCCUAAGGGUAUCAGGGGAGUACGAAUGGAUUAUGGUAAAUCGAAGGGGAAGAGUUUCUUUAAGGAGGAUUUGUUAAGUAUGAGGCUGGAUAUAGACUUAAGAAUGUUACAACUGGAUAUUAUUUAAGUGUUGCAGAUAUCCCAGGGGAUAAGAAUAAUAAAUAAAAUAAAAAAUAACUCCAAUAUAAAUAUCGUUUAACUUAGGAGUUGGACAAGUCGACAAUUUUUACUUUCGUCGAUCUCAAGACUCAACCAAAUUAAAAAUAUUUAAAGGGAGGAAGUUAUACAUAUCUCUAAAAUAGAUAGAGUUAGAAUUGGAUGGAUUUUUAGAAUGAUAAGUAAAAUCAUGAAUAUAUUCCAAUUUUGAAAGCACCAAAUGAAAAGACUGAACAUGCAGUAUUUAAAAUACAUAUGGCUACUAGGAAUGAAGUUUGGGAAAUCUAAUUUUUGCAAUCUUGUUUUCGUAGAUUAGCCAAAUUUGUUAUUUAAAUACAAGAUCCAAAAUAUCCUGGGAUAGAUAAUUUCUCUUCGAAAAGAAAAUGGUUUGGAGUAUUUUAAUAAUUAAAAAGUUGCAUUGCAGAAUUAGAGAAUUUCGUUAAUAAUAAAUCUUAUACCACAUCAGCAGAAUAGUAAUUUGGAUCUAUCAAUCAAUAUAGAUAGAAAUUAAUGAGGGAAUAGUUUUAUAUAGAUAUACUUAUUAAAAUUUUAGAAAGAAUUAUUACUAAAGGAGAAUUAGAAUUUUAUUAGAAAUUAGAAAUUGAGUUAGAAAAGGGUGAUAAACAAUCCAAAAACAUGUUUGAAAUUGAAAGCAACAUUAUUUUUGAAGACAAAGCCUUAAUGUUGCAUGAACAAAAGACAGAAAACACAUUAAAAACCUAAUAUUAUAAUUAUGUUAAAUCUAAAGUAGAAUUAGUUGAUUAGAUUUAUUAAUUCUUAGGAUCUGUAUGUAAGUUAAACAGAGAAAAUUAAAUAUAUACUUAUGAUUUAAUACCAUAUUUUUAAUUGCACACUAAAUAUUUACCCAAAGCAAUUGAAGCUAUCAUCAAUAUUGUAUCAAGCAAUAAAUAUUUAUUAUAUAAAUUAAGUGAAGACAUUAAGAUUGAAUUUUACGAGGAAAACGAAAUUGAUAAUUAACAGAUAAAGAUUUUAAUUAAUUUAUACCAAUUUGAUGAUAAGGAAGAAUAAAUUGAGAUAAAAUAACAUGAAAAAAUAAUGAAGAAGCCUGUCCCUUUAAUUGAAUACUUUAUUAAUUUGUUAUGGGAUGAUGAAGCCAAAAACAACUCAUAUUACUUAAAAUUUUUAAGAAAUGUUUGCAGUCAUUCAGAAUUUCCAAUUUAAAUUAACUAAGAAAAUAUCUUUAAAUUAUAUAAGAAGAAUAAUACAAAGCAACCCAAAUUAGGAGUAGAAACUAAGGCUGAAGAGAGCAAAAGCAAUGAUGGAACUGUAAGACUCACAUCAAAAGCAGGUUAAUUAAUCAUACCUCAGGAUUGUGAUUUAAGAGACAUUAAUAAAAGUUCAAGAGACAAAUUUAUGUAUAUUAUUGAGUAACUCACCUUUUUUUCAGAAGUUGCUUUGGGAAGAAAUUAUUCAUGGAAAAAUGAGCUAGGUGCUUAAUUUGAAAAAUCAUUUUUGUUUAGGAAUAUAUGGUUUAAGCAUCCUAUUGAUCCUAAAUAUAUAGAUUUAUAGCCUGGAUUUGCCAGACUAGCAUUGACUUUAUACAUCGACUAAGAACCUUUGAGGAUAAAGAAAGCACCAAUUAUGUGUUAAUUAUUUAGCGAGUGCGAAAAGCCUAGGGAUUAUAUUCUAUUCAAAAGUUCAACUAAAGCUGGAUCGUCUAAUAUCUAAGAAUUGAAUACCUACAAAGAUUUGGUGAAUAAUCUGAUGAAUUAUGUGAAUGAAAAGGGAAGUGAAAUAUAUGAAGUAAUGUGUCCUCCAGUGAAUAAUCAAGGGGGUGAAGAUAGAGAUUCUAAAAAGUUCUAAAACUAGGUGGGUCCAGAUUUCUUAUAAGAGGAAUUAAUUUUAAACACAAUGAGAAUUUUGGAUAAGAUUAUGAAAUUGAAUCUGAUCUGGGUGUUGGAUUAUUCUCUGGGUGAAACAUUAUAACCCAAUUUAAGACCAUAAAAUUUCAUUUAAUCUAUGGUUAAGUCCUGUUUAGAUAUUUUUACUUAUGAGAAAUACGAACUCAAUUUGAUACAAGCGCAUUGUCAAACAGAAAGAUAAAAAGUCUAAAAGAAGUUAUAAGAUAAGCAAAGUCAACAUAAACUUACAGCUCCCAAUUUUAUGAACCUUUUGAAGAAAUAAAAUAAGGAAGAAGAAGAUAAUGAGGAACAGAGAGGAGAAAGCCAAACAACAAAUGAUUAGAAUAUCUACUUGAAUCCAGUUAUGAGAGGGUACUUAAAAUUAUCAUCAAUCAUGUAAACUAUAAAUUUUUUGGAUCCAAAAUAUGUAGAAAACGAAGUUUAAUUAAAGAUUAAAAUAUGCGAUUUUAUGGAAUAUUUAUUAGACUUAAGGUAAGAUUUUAUGAUGUAAAAUUGCAUUGUAUUUUUUAAGACCUAUCUAUUAUAAGGAGAUCACAUAGAGAAUAAUCCUAUUGCUUAUAGUUAAUAUUUACAAAAGGAAAAUAAAAAGAAACCUCGUAGCCAUAGAAUAUAGUAUGAAGAUUUAAAUUAAAGACAAAAGAAUCUGUUAAUUAUUUAGAGAUUGUUAAAACAUCACGCAUUGGGAUUAUUGCCUAAUUUAGCUUAGACUGGAAUUAAAGAAAUAGAUGAACCAAUAAAAGAAGAAAAUAGUUUAACAUCUUUUACGAAAAACUUAAUUAAAAUAAAUUAGUAGGAAGAAAAAGCAAAAGCGAGAUUUUACAAUUAUAUAAACAACCCUUAAAUCCCAGAAAUCUUAGAUCUUGACUAAUAUUUGAGUUUGGCCUUAGGUGAUAUCAAUGCAAAUGAGUUGCCUGUAGCAAGUCUGUUGCCAACAUUUUUGCACACGUUCUAUCAUGUAAAGGAUAAAGAAUUAGAAAAGAGGUGUCUUUAAUUGCUCUUAAGAUUGUUUACUUAAAAAGAGGAAUUCAAACGAAAUCUAUAGAAUAUGUAGGUUAUCUUUGAUGCUGAGAAGACUAUACUGCACAAAUACAUUACAUCAAAUUUAGAACAGUUUUAAACUUUAAAUGAACGUCUUGAUUCUUGGAUAUCCAGCUAUAUUUUUGAGGAUAGAAUCAGUAAUGACUUUGAACAGGCGUAAAAAUAUUUAAAUAGUUUUUAUCAUGGAUUGAAAAGCGAUAUUAAAUUAGAGGAUAAUGAAUUGAUUUCAUGUUUAGAUGUUAUUGAUCCUAAGAAGUAAUAACUGUAUGCAAAUUUGGGAGCUCAUAUAGCAGUAGUUAAUUUAUUGCCUAAUGGGUUGAGAUAUAUUCAUGAAUAUAUUAUGGAUAGAGACUUAGAAGAGGAGAAAAAGAUAUAUAUGAUUGACUUCUUUAGACUGGCUAUUGAUGUUCUCAAGAAUUUCUGCUUCAACAAUAAUGAAAAUUAAAUUAUACUUUAUGAGUAUUUAAACUUUUAUCGAUACAUGUAAUAUGAUUUAGGUUAGUUAGAAUUGGUUGAAUCUAUAUUUUAAAAUAAUAAGACUUUGCUUGUUCAAAAAGUUGAUUAAUAAUUAAUUGACGUGAUUUUAUAACUAAUUCUAAAAGAGGGUAGACAAAAGAGGUUUUUAAAAGUGUUUGAGUCAUUAAUGAUUUAUUAAUAAAAUUACAUCUUUGACAAUUAAAUUUUAAUACAAAAUAGUCUGUUACCCGUAGAAUUUGGGGAAAAGGAUAUAAAGAUAUUGUAUUGUGAUGGUUCAAGAAAUAGUGAUUUGAAAUUGUUUUUGGAUGAUCCAAUUUAAGAGCCUGAUUUAAAAUUUGUUGAUAAAUUAAGAGAGAUAGACUAUAGAGAUACAUUUAGAGAUGAACCCUUUUAUUAUCAUGCAUAAUUAUUAGACAUUCUCAUUUAGACCACUUUGAAUAAUGUAGAAAAGAGAAAAUUUUAUGCCAACACAAAAGAAGAAGAUGUGAAAAAGAAUUUCAACAUCAGUGUAAGCAAGCUAAAAAGAUUGUUUACAGCGGCCUAUCUCCUUGAAAUACUAUGUUCUAAUGAUGCAUUUGUUAAGAUGCCAAUAACAACUAAAUCUCAGAUUCAAUAUAUUGAUAGCAAUGACAAGAUUAAAGGGAUUUCCUUAAUAAAAUUAUAAGUAAUAGAGUUUUUGAGAUUGGUUCACAUCUCAUCUGAAAGGGGAUAAGUAUAGCAUUCUUAACUAUUCCACUGCCGAUAAUAAAUAAUUGAUUUUAUUACCUUUGAAAUCAAUAGACUUGAUAAAAUAACUGACUUGCAAUUAUUCACUCAAGAUCUAAAAAAUUAUCAUAUUUAAGGGAUUUUCCCCUUCAUUUUGGCAUAUCACGAUAGAUUCUUAAAAACCAUAGAGAAAUAAGACUUAAGAAAGGAUCUAUAAGCAAUUGAAAAAUUCUUAUAAGAAUGGUUGAAAAAGGUAAAGACUUUAACUUCUGAAUCAAACAUACUUUAUCCAAUAAUUAUUACAAGUGAAGAUGCAAAAAUAUUAGUAAGGUGUUUAUAAACAUUUUGCAAAGUGUUUUAUGAGAAAACAGUGAGUUAAAAAGAAGACCCAAUAUGGAAUUAAGUAAAGAUUAAGUUAGACUCACUUUAAGAAACAGAUUAAGAUUAACUUUAAUUUGGUUUGGAAAAUACUAUUCCUAAUCCAAAACCAGUGAUUGAAAUAACCGGAGGGUAUCAUUCAAAGAAGAGUAGCUAGACAUCAAAAUAAUUUAGUAAUCCUGAUGAAUAGAAUGGUAAGAAAUCUAGUAAGAAAUAUUUGCCUGAUAAAAAGAAAAUACAUGUGUUCACUGAUAAAGAAGAAGGGGAGGAAUUGUUAGAAGGGUAUGAUGCAACUAAAUCUAUCAAAGUCGAGAAGCUUUGGAAGUUAUUUUUGAAAGAACUACUGAAUAAGGAUUAGUUUAUUAAGGAGGCUGAAAAAGAAAGAGAAACUAUUGCCAAUGCCAUUUUAAAUAUAUCUAGUUUAUUAAAACCAGAAUUUAGUAAGAAUUUAACAAAUAAACCGGAUGUUAAAAGUAUUUCUAGGAAACUUAUAUCUUAUCUUUAAUCAGCCUUCUCGGAUCCUAAUUGCAAGGGAUCUAUCUAGACAUUAUUACAUAUUCUAAAAAAAAUAAUCGAUACUGAUCCAGCCAGAAAAGUGGAGAUGCAAAAUCUAUUUGAUAAAUUAGGAGCAACAUAAAUGGUACUACUGGUCUUGAGUGAAAAUAACCAAGACAAGAAAUUAAUGAUGGUAUUAAUAUUAUUUAUAACCAUAGUCUUUUAUUUAAUUCAUUAACACUUUGUUGGACGGAGGAAAUGAUCAAGUCUAAGGAACUAUAUACAGUUUUAUGAUAAAUUUCAGUCAAUCUGAAAAUAUUUUCUAGAAAAUCUAUUUUAUAAUUCGAAAACAAAUAGAAAAUUUAGAAAUCCUAUCUAAAUCUAAAGGAGGAUCUGAAGAUGAAUCCGCAGGGUUACUCUAGAUAGAUUAUCAUGAAUUUGAAGAAGAUUUAAGUUUAGUCUUGGAAGUCUUAACAUUCUUGCAAAAUGCUGUUGAAGGACAUUAUAGAAAACUCUAAAAUUAUUUUAGAGAGCAAACGAACUCCAAAAAUAAUUAUGAUUUAACCAAUGCAAUAACUGAUCUCUUUAAAACUUAUUAUUAUGAUGGGCGCAUUUAAAAAAACUAUGACAAUAUGUUGAAAUGUUUAGAUACUUUAAAUGAACUAGUUUAAGGGCCUUGUUCAGACAAUUAAAAAGCAAUUUCUGAAUCGAAAUUUUUGGAUAUAGCUGCAGAUUUGUUUUCUUAAUAGUAUAUACUAUCACCACCAGAGGAGAUUGAGUAAAUUGGUAAACGAAAGUCGCUUUUGGAUUAGCCAUUACAGAGAUGGUAGAUUUGUAGAUUAAUGAAUAAAAUCUUGAAUUUGAUCAUGAGUUUAUUGGAAGGAAGUGAAAUAAGCCAAAACAAUCCAAUUCUAAAAAGAAUCAUGAGAAAUUUACCAAUAAAUUUAUUAGAAAAGCAUUGUGUCAACGAAUAUAAUAAAUAUGUCAAAAUAUACGGGGAUAAAUACGAAAUCGAAGCUCUAGAGCAUCUUUCAGUUGAUCCAUAUAAACUAAGGAAAAUGAAGGAAAGCAAAUUUGAUAGAAUAAAACAAAUCUCUUAAUAGUAACCAUACUUUGAAACCAUUUUAUAAAAUGGAUUUCUUCUAUUCUUCUUAAUGAGUUAUUACAUGGAGUGCGAUCCUUACAUUGUAAGUCCCAUAAUUAAAAUUACAAGGAUGUACAAAAAGAAGAUAUUAAAGACAUAAACAAGCAAUGAAGUUUGGCAAAUAUUCAAAGAUUCAUUUAUUUAUAUGUUGAUCUAAUUUACAAUUGCCUUAAUUAGCAAUUUAUUUGGAACUUUGAAUUCAAUGAAGAAUUUAGCUACUGAUCAAUUCAAAAAUAAUUAAGUAAAACCCGAUAUGUCAGAGGAGGAGAAAUAAAGAAUCAAAGAAGAACAAUAUAGACAAGAUUUACAAAUGGCCAUCAACUUUUAUCAAGAGAAUAGUGCCCAUAUUGAUGUUAUGCAUGAUGAGAAUCUAGAAGUAGUUUAUUUUAUUAAAUUACCAUCCACCAAAUAUUUACCUAAGGAAUAGAAAAUCCUAUUUCACGAUCAGGUGGAUAGAAGCACUACCUAAUCAAAAGUUCAAGGUUUAAUGAAUGUAGCUCCUACACUGAUCGAAGUUUGCAAGCAUGAAGAAUAUUUGAAGAGACUAUUUGAUAGAUAAAAAUAUUUGGCUUUGUUAACUGAUUACGUGAAACUGUGGAGAGAACUAGCAUUUUUCCUGACUUUAUUUUUAAACUUAUUUAUACUUUUCAGUUUUGAUGGAACAGUCGGUGACAGAGUUCAAGAUUACAUCUUUUUUAGUUAAUAUGAAAGCUUUAAUCCUACUAUUACGAAGACAAUCAUUUAUAUUAUUGGUAUUGUUAUGACUUGCUUAUCCUUAUUUGUUGUAUCAUUUUAUUUACUGAAGAAUGCGCCUUUAAUUCUAAAGAGAGCUUGGUUAUAAAAAGGGUUAUUCGAUGAUUAAGAUCCAAAUCCUCUGUUUAUAUUAAUAGACAUGUUUUACAAGUUCAUUCAAACUAUUUUAAGCUUUUUAUAAGAAGUAGAGGUGAUGUAUUACAUAGCAUACGGUUUAUUUGCUAUUUUAGGAACCUUUUACCAUCCCUUGUUUUUCAUUUUUCAUUUAACUGAAAUUCUAUUUAGAUAUCCCACACUUAAAAAUAUCAUCUUAUCAGUUUAUCGUCCCAGGACUUAAUUAGUUUUAACAUUCUUCUUACUAUUUCUGUUGGUUUAUGUGUUUACUAUUUUUGCCUAUUGGAGAUUAUCAAAUGAAUUUGCAGGAUAUUGCGAUACUCUACUAUACUGUUUUAUGAUGAAUGUGGAAUGGACCUUUAGAGGUUCAAUAGGAGAUUAUGUCCAAUAAGAGCUUGGAAAGAAUAAUGUUGCCAGAGAAUUAGGUGUGGACAGAUUCUUCUUUGAUGAAGUUAGCAAUAUCACUUUGGGUGUUAUUAUGCUUAAUAUAGUGGCUGGUAUCAUUAUUGACACAUUCGGAAGUUUAAGAGAGGAGGAAGAGAAUAAAUUGAAAGAUAUGGUUGACAAUUGCUUUGUAUGUGGAAAUCUAAAGUAUUAAUAUUGUAUGUAUUAUUAGAGCUGAUUUUGAUCGAUUACAAUCAAAAAGCAAUGGGGGAUUUAGAGAACACAUAAAAAUAAAUCAUUACAUGUGGAACUAUGUUUACUUCUUCGCUUAUUUGAAAUGGAAAGAGAAAACAGAAUAUUCAGGAAUAGAGAGUUAUGUUGAUUAAAAGUUGAAAGAGGAAGACCUUUGCUGGGUUCCAUUUAAUUAAGCUAGAGAAUUGGUAGAUUUAGAUGGUAACAAAGGAAUUCGAGAGAAGGAACUCAUUUAAAAAAUAGAAGAGAAAGUAAUUAUUUUCUUUUUAUAUAUUUAGAUUGUAUUUGUUUAAGAGUAAAUUAUUGAUAUGGGAAAAUUGAUGAAAGUUGAAUUUAAGAAGAAUAAUUGA